GGACAGCAGGCAGGACAGCGAUGGGCCACAGCCGAUAUUCAUACCAAACAAAUCAAACUAACGCCCGGACUCAGUAGUUAGUGAUGGAUAAACGAUAGUUACAGUGUUUUACGCGGUUUUAUAGUGUAUUUGUUUGCAGUUGUUAAAGGUAAAGCGAUAGAGUUUAGCUAACUUAGCAGAAUUGUUCUUCCAGGGGUAGGAAGUUUGCUGUGGCGGAGGAAACAUAAUAGGAAACCGGGGAGGGCCGAACUGUCCCGACAUGGAGGAGUCCGGGUCGGCCCUGGAGAAAAAUGUCGCUGACCUCACCGUGAUGGACGUGUACGACAUCGCUGCGGUGGUGGGCCAGGAGUUUGAGCGGAUCAUAGACCAGUACGGCUGCGAGGCUCUGUCCAGGCUCAUGCCCAAAGUGGUGCGUGUGUUGGAGAUCCUGGAGGUGAUGGUGAGCCGCAACUGCAUCAGCCCGGAGGCCGAGGAGCUGCGGCUGGAGCUGGACAAGCUGCGGCUGGAGCGGAUGGACCGGCUGGAGAAGGAGAAGAAGCACAGAAAGGAGCUGGAGCUGGUGGAGGACGUGUGGAGAGGAGAAGCUCAGGACCUGCUCACUCAGAUCGCUCAGCUGCAGGAGGAGAACAAAUCCCUCCUCACCAACAUGUCCAACAAAGACCCCAUGAGUGAGGAGGACCUGCAGAGGCAUGAGGGUAUGACCGAGAGAGAGAGGCAGGUCAUGAAGAAACUUAAAGAAGUGGUGGACAAGCAGAGAGACGAGAUUCGAGCGAAGGACCGCGAGCUCACACUGAAAAACGAGGACAUAGAAGCACUCCAGCAGCAGCAGUCUCGCCUCAUGAAAAUCAACCACGACCUGCGGCAUAAGAUCUCCGUUGUGGAGGCUCAAGGGAAAGCGCUGAUCGAGCAGAAAGUGGAACUGGAGGCUGGGGCUCAGGCGCGAGGACAGGAAGUCGGUGCCCUUCGGCAGGAAGUUGCACGCUUAAGAGAACGACUUCAAGGAGACCUGCCUGCUCAGAAUCCUGAGGAAACCCCCCCUCAGCCCCCGUCACCUGCAGAGUGUGGUAAAGCUGCUACAGUGGUGGUGGGGGCGGAGGGCUGGUCAGACAGAGCUGACCCCUCUGAGCUGAUGUUGGGUGCGUUUGACUCUUCCCCGCGCCUCCCGUCUGGUUCCCUCAGCCCAGAGGGACACGAGGAUGGGGACGAGGAGGACGAGGCGGUGUUGCUUUGGGAGGCGAUGUACGAUGAGGACAUGCCUGCUGUGUUCCAAUAUUUUACAAAGGAGGCGCUGUGCGAGGAGGAGACGGGAGGUUUGGACCCAAAGGACCCCAACCGGCCCCGGUUCACCCUGCAGGAGCUGAGGGACGUCCUCCACGAGAGGAACGAGCUCAAGGCCAAAGUCUUCCUGCUGCAGGAGGAGCUGGCCUACUACAAAAGUGACGAGACAGAAGAUGACAUGGCUACUCCGUCUUCGUCUCCUUCACCUGAUCUGAGGACUCGCUCCCGUUCUUCUGCCCAGCCAGAGUCAGGAAUCAAACGCCUGUUUAGUUUCUUCUCACGUGACAAGCAGCGCAACUUGCAGCGGAGCGGGCAGUUUGACGUCGGCCUCGGCUCGUGGACGGGGAAGGAGGACGUGUACACGGAACAAGCCCAGGAGGCGUUACAGCACAUGUAGAGUCCCCGGACCGGACGAACUCCAAAACUCUUUACACUCCAUGUCCAUCACUCGAGGCCGGCUUGUGAAGCGUCGACUGCACACCAAAACCACCUCCAGUGGAAAUAUCGUGAGCUUGAGGUGAGACAGGAAGUGAAUGAGGCUCCAGCUUAGAUCUAUUUUUAUUUAAACACCUGAGAAUACUACAUAUAUAUAUAUAUAUAUAUGUAUACAAAUAUAUAUAUGUAUAUAAAGUGUAUAUCUCAGUGAGAGAUGGCACAUACAGACCUUUUAGAACAUAUGUUUUACAUGAUCAGAUUUACGUGAUCUGCAGAGGAGCGGGUGAAGUGAGAUAUGUUGUAAACAGUGGGUGAAAAUGAAGACACAGAUGAAGGUUUGGGACACGAGAGUGCGCUGCAAAUGUUCUGUCUAACAAAAAAUCAUGCAUGCAGAUGUUGUAGUGUUUGUGCAAUGGGGUAUCAGGGCCACUGUAGAUAUAGCACAUGUUAUAAUUACAGAUGGGGGGGUAAUAUACUCAGUAUUUCUGAGAUAAAAGUCCUAAUUUUAUGAGAAAAACUUGAAUAUUCUUGAGAUUAUAAAGUAAUACAUUUGUAUUUGUCCCCUCAUUUAACACGUUCAUCUCAGAGACUGUAAUUAUUAUUUUGUUAACAGUGGCCCUAACACGCUGUCGUGUGUCUGCUGUUCGAUAAAGUUGUACAGUAUAUUACGGCCCACGCAGAAUGAAGAAAAACACAAAAUGACUGCAGUUUGCUCAAAGUGAAAGAAACACUUUUGUGUCCCAUUAUAUUUAUUUUUUUGCAAUUUCCCUUCCUUCACGUGAGCAGCUCGCAGCUCG